CCACCCCCGGGUCUGAGCGAGCCGCGGCUCGGGGCGGGACCCUGGCGGGGCGACCCGAGCGGUCUCUAGGACCCGCGGGACGCCGCCGACGGGCGGGGGUGCGGGGGAGACAUAAUUUGUUCCGUGGUAAUGAGAACGGUGACUGCUGGCCGCGGAUCCAUUCCACAGUCCGGCCUUCUCUCACUAACGCUCUUCCUCGUCCCCGGGCCAACUCGGACAGUUUGCUCAUUUAUUGCAACGGUCAAGGCUGGCGUGUGCCAGAACGGCGCGCGCGCGCGCACGCACACACGGGGGCAAACUUUUUUAAAAUGAAAGGCUAGACGAGCUCAGCGGCGGCGCGGGCGCUGCGCGAGGGCUCCGGAGCUGACUCUCCGCGGCAGGAAAUCCCUCCGGUCGCGACGCCCGGCCCCGGCUCGGCGCCCGCGUGGGAUGCUGCAGCGCUCGCUGCCGGGCCCAAGAGCUGCUGCACAGAAAGCCGGCGACCAUGGCAGCGCGCCCGCCGCCCGCGCCCCCCGCCCGCGCCCUCCUGCUCGCCCUGGCCGGGGCUCUGCUCGCGCCCCGCGAGGCCCGAGGGGUGAGCUUAUGGGACCAGGGAGGAGCUUUCGAAGUUGUCAGUGCCUCUCUGCUGGAUGGAGACCUCUGGAUCCCAGCGGAGAGCUUCGACUUCAAGAAACAUCCAGAAGUGCUGAAUAUUCGAAUACAACUGGAAAGCAAAGAACUGAUCAUAAAUCUGGAAAGAAAUGAAGGCCUGAUUGCCAGCAGCUUCACAGAAACCCACUAUCUGCAAGAUGGUACUGAUGUCUCCCUCACUCGAAAUUACACGGAUCACUGUUACUACCAUGGACAUGUGCGGGGAUAUUCGGACUCGGUGGUCAGUCUCAGCACCUGUUCUGGUCUCAGGGGACUUAUUAUGUUUGAAAAUGAAACCUAUGUCUUAGAACCAAUGAAAAAUGCAACCAACAGAUACAAACUCUUCCCAGCGGAGAACCUGGAAAGUGUCUGGGGUUCGUGUGGAUUGUAUCACAACACAUCAAGCCUUACUGUACAUAACGUGUUCCUACCGCCCUCUCAGACGUGGGCAAGAAGGAGUAAAAGGGAAACCCUCAAGACAACCAAGUAUGUGGAGCUGGUGAUCGUGGCAGACAACCGAGAGUUUCAGAGGCAAGGAAAAGACCUGGAAAAAGUUAAACAGCGAUUAAUAGAGAUUGCUAAUCACGUUGACAAGUUUUACAGACCACUGAACAUUCGGGUCGUGUUGGUCGGCAUGGAAAUAUGGAAUGACGUCGACAAAUGCUCCAUAAGUCAGGACCCAUUCAGCAGCCUCCAUGAGUUUCUGGACUGGAGGAAGAUGAAUCUUCUACCUCGCAAAUCCCAUGACAACGCACAGCUUAUCAGUGGGGUUUAUUUCCAAGGAACCACCAUCGGCAUGGCCCCGAUCAUGAGCAUGUGCACGGCGGAACAGUCUGGGGGAGUUGUCAUGGACCAUUCAGACAGUCCCCUUGGUGCAGCCGUAACCCUGGCACACGAGCUGGGCCACAAUUUCGGGAUGAAUCAUGACACACUGGAAAGGGGCUGUAGCUGUCAAGCAGCGGCUAAGAAAGGAGGCUGCAUCAUGAACCCUUCCACCGGGUACCCAUUUCCCAUGGUGUUCAGCAGCUGCAGCAAGAAGGACUUGGAGACGAGCCUGGAGAAAGGAAUGGGGAUGUGCCUCUUCAACCUGCCGGAAGUCAAGCAGUCUUUCGGGGGCCAGAAGUGUGGGAACGGAUUUGUGGAAGAAGGAGAGGAGUGUGACUGUGGAGAGCCAGAGGAAUGUAUGAAUCGCUGCUGCAAUGCCACCACCUGUACCCUGAAGCCAGAUGCCGUGUGCGCACAUGGGCUUUGUUGUGAAGACUGCCAGCUGAAGCCUGCGGGAACAGCGUGCAGGGACUCCAGCCACUCCUGUGACCUCCCAGAGUUCUGCACGGGGGCCAGCCCUCACUGCCCAGCCAAUGUGUACCUGCAUGACGGGCACUCGUGUCAGGGUGUGGACGGCUACUGCUACAAUGGCAUCUGCCAGACCCACGAGCAGCAGUGUGUCACCCUCUGGGGACCAGGUGCUAAACCUGCCCCUGGGAUCUGCUUUGAGAGAGUCAAUUCUGCAGGUGAUCCUUAUGGCAACUGUGGCAAAGACUCCAAGAGUUCCUUUGUCAAAUGUGAGAUGAGAGAUGCUAAAUGUGGAAAAAUCCAGUGUCAAGGAGGUGCCAGCCGGCCUGUCAUUGGGACCAAUGCCGUUUCCAUAGAAACAAACAUCCCACAGCAGGAAGGAGGCCGGAUUCUGUGCCGAGGGACCCACGUGUACUUGGGCGAUGACAUGCCGGACCCAGGGCUUGUGCUUGCAGGCACAAAGUGUGGAGAUGGAAAAAUCUGCCUGAAUCGUCAAUGUCAAAACAUUAGCGUCUUUGGUGUUCAUGAGUGCGCAGAGCAGUGCCACGGCAGGGGGGUAUGCAACAACAGGAAGAACUGCCACUGCGAGGCCCACUGGGCACCUCCCUUCUGUGACAAGUUUGGCUUUGGAGGAAGCACAGACAGCGGCCCCAUCCGGCAAGCAGAUAACCAAGCUUUAACCGUAGGAAUUCUGGUGACCAUCCUGUGUCUUCUUGCCGCCGGAUUUGUGGUUUAUCUCAAAAGGAAGACCUUGAUACGUCUGCUGUUUACAAAUAAAAAGACCACCAUUGAAAAACUAAGGUGUGUGCGCCCUUCCCGGCCACCCAGUGGCUCCCAACCCAGUCAGGCUCACCUUAGCCACCUUGGAAAAGGACUGAUGAGGAAGCCGCCAGAUUCCUACCCACCGAAGGACCAUCCCAGGAGAUUGCUACAGUGUCAGAAUGUUGACAUCAGCAGACCCCUCAAUGGCCUGAAUGUCCCUCAGCCCCAGUCAACUCAGCGAGUGCUUCCUCCCCUCCACCAGGCUCCGCGUGCGCCUGGCGUCCCUGUCAGACCCCUGCCAGCCAUCCCUGCACUUAGGCAGGUCCAGGGGACCCGUAAGCCAAACCCCCCUCAGAAGCCUCUGCCUGCAGAUCCUCUGGGCAGGAUGACUCGGCUCACCCAUGCCUCGGCCAGGACCUCAGGACAGCGGGAGACCGGGCUCCACCUGGCACCUCUCAGACCUGCUCCGCAAUACCCACCCCAAGUGCCCAGAUCCACCCACACCGCCUAUAUUAAGUGAGACGCCGACACCUUUUUUCAACAGUGAAGACAGAAGUUUGCACUAUCUUUCAGCUCCAAUUGGAGUUCCUUUUUUGUACCAACUUUUAGGAUUUUUUAAAUGUUUAAAACACCAUUAUUUUAAGAACUUUUGAGCUGCUGCCAUUGGUGCUGUGCUGUGCUAUGGUGCUCUGUCUACUUGCUCAGGUACUUGUAAAUUAUUAAUUUAUGCCGAAUGUUUAUUACAGUGCAGUGCGCUGUAGUAGGCAUUUUUACCAUCACUGAGUUUUCCAUGGCAGGAAGGCUUGUUGUGCUUUUAGUAUUUUAGUGAACUUGAAAUAUCCUGCUUGAUGGGAUUCUGGACAGGAUGUGUUUACUUUCUGAUCAAGGCCUUAUUGGAAAGCAGUUCCCCAACUCCCCCCAGCUCUGGUUAUAUGCCAGAUGCAGCUCAAGAGACCCCAAGAAGAACCUCGUUUGAUUUUCUGGAUUCCCCAUCUAUCUCAGGCCAAAGCCACGGGGCUUCAGGUCCAGGCUGUGCUUGGCUUUCAGGAAGGCCCUGUGCCCCUUGACAACUGGCAGGCAGGCUCCCAGGGGCUGCCUCAUGAAGUGUUGGGACAGCAGGGAGAAAUCUGGCUUCUGGCCAGGAAGCUUUGGAGAGAAUGUGGGUUGCAGACAGGAAUGUUAACGUGUGGCCCCACCAGGAUAGAGACUGGAACACUGGACAAGCCGGACCUUGACCCUGAGCUGACCAGCCAUGAGCAUGUUUAGAAGGGAGCUAUAGGGUCACUCCAGGCUGUGCUUCAUAGAAGUACAAGUAGAAGUACCAAGCACUUGUUUUACUGGCUGCCCUUUCCAGAGCACAGCCAUACGCAGGUUAUCUAGAUUGAGAAAGGUGGUGUUUCUGCAAGAAAGGUAGUGCCCAGUCGCUGCAAACCUCCACCUCCCUGUGCUGCUUGGAGCGGAGCAAAUCGCUACAAACUGUAACACGAAGACCCUGUAUUCAGACAGUUGAGGCUUUCUUCAGAUGUGAACCACUAAUUAGGUCUAGUCAAUCAAGUCUGUCAGUGAAAAAUCUCUUUACUACAAGGUUCAACUUAUUAAAAAUUAGGCAGAAUCUUUAUGCUUGCAAAAACUAUAACCCAAUGGAACAUGUUGCUCAUAGGUAUAGCCUAUGUCUGCUAUCAUAAUUAGUAGAUAUUUGACAAAGAACCUUCUCUAUGGGGGCAUCCUCUUUUUCCAGCUUGGCUGCAGGAAUCUUUAAAAGAUGUUUUUAACGGAGUCUGAACCUGUUUCUUCAUUGCUUGCAACCUACCUGUUGAAGCAUCACAGAAUGUGAUAAGGAAAUCAGUUUCCUAGCCGUAAAUAUGUACGAAAUGCUGGCUUGGGCAGCAGUCCCUUGAACUUUUUACUCUUCACAUGUCUGACUAGGAAGCCAUUUUUCACAAGGUCUUUAAGAUGACUAUAUCUAAUGGCAUGAGAAAUACAAAAAUACUCAGAUAAGGUGGUAAAAUGCCAUGAUGCCUGUCACUGUUUCCUGGAGGGGUCAUAUCUGACUGGUUUUCACAUUAGAAGACAAUUGACAACAGUGACGUAAUUCGCUCUGAGUGUUUUAUGAAAAAGGCUUCUUUUGGGGGUCAACAGUUUUCCUAUGCCUUGAAACAGAAAGAAAAAUACAUGUCAAGAAUCUUGGUUUGCCUUCCAGAAAACAAAAUUGCAUUUCACUUUCCUGGUGUUUCCCACCAUGUCUAGGCAACACAGUCUUCAUGACUAUGGAUAAACCAAGUAAACACAUGUCACAAACACAAAAGGGAAACCAGCUCUAAUACAUUCCAACUCUUAUCGCAUGCAUCUGUUUAUCCUACAGUUAUUAAGUUCUUAAAAAUGUAAAGCCAUGCUAGAAAAUAAUACUGCUGAGAUACAUACAGAAUUACUGUAACUGGUAUUACAUUUGGUAAUUGUACUAAAGCCUAACAUAUAUAUACUAUUAAAAAGGUUUACAGAAUUUUAUGGUGCAUUAUGUGGGCAUUGUCUUUUUAGAUGCCCAAAUCCUUAGAUCUGGCCUUUUAGCCCUUCCUCCUGUCAUAAGAGGAUAUGAACUGAGUUUUGUUGUUGUUUGUUCUUAGCUGUAAUUCCUAUGCUUCUAUUUCAGAGAGCCAGGAAGAGUCUGAUAUUAAAGGAGGUUAAAACUGUGAUCUUACGCCAUGUCAUCAGUGGCCACUUAGGGGCCAUGGCUGAUGACACAUUUUUAUCUCUACCGUACUAAUUUGUUUCUACAGAGCCAUGCAAUUUAUUUCUGAAUAAGAACUUAUUUAAACUAAUAUUCCCUUAUGAUGCAGAUAGUAUUAUUAAAGGAAUAAUCCUUCCAAGAUGCAAUAUUUAUCUAGUGAAGCAUAUUUAGCAGAAAAUUCCAUUUUAAUAUAACUUAGGAAAGGAAGCAAUAACCAGGGGGCUUUGUGGUUGGGGAGGCAAGGGGUAGAGGGUAUUCCUCUCCUUUUCUGUAUUCUCAGAACCACCACCAAAAAAAAAUCAGUACUUGUAUUUCAAUGGCAAUGUCUUUAGUAUUUUUUUUUAAAGUUUUUAUAGGCAUGAAGAAAGAGGUGGUUUGAGUUUUGCAAGGCCAUCACCUGGAAAGUCAGCGUGACUAGACACAAAGUAGCCCAGCGGUUACUUUUCUUCCCAUAUCUUAUUACCGUUGUAGGUUCUAUGACCUCACUUUAUGGGUUCCAGGCAAUUCCACUGAAAGGUCUGUCUCCUGAAAUUUUUUAAGUUUGUUUUCCUGACACAUGUAAUCAGAUGUGUAGCAACCGAGGGAAACGAAGCCUAACGUUCUCCAUUGUGGAAACACACACAGGAGGUUACACUUCUCAGUGUGGAUUUUUCCAGCUUACACAUGUGGGAUGACAUCACAGAAACCACAAAAGCAGCAAAUUAAACUGUAGGAGCGUAAAUACUCCUGAUGAGUCUCAGGGGGGACAUUUUUAUGCCUUCUUAACUUUAUGAAGAAUUCUCAGGCUGAACUAUAAGCCAUUGUUCCCUGGCAAACCAAUACAUCAAUGCAUUCUCAAAAAAAACCAAAACUGCUAAAAUUCUGUCAAAAUGUUCUCAGGAGCCUAUGCUCUCCGCGGUGCUAAAAAAAAAAAAAAAAAGCCUGGUGCUAGGCCGACUGGCAGGGCCGAGAGUCCUCCUGCCCCCUCUCCACUGAUGUUUACUAUGCACUCUGAGCCAGUGAGACCCCCAGUGGCUGAAAGGGCACAAGGCAGUGCCAGGGCAGCAGGGCCAGAUCUUUCUCAUGCACUCUGAACUCCUGAAGACUUUCCUCGUGAGGUUUACUCAAUUUACAACUGCUAUGCAGGGCUCCCCUACAUAUUCUGGGGGCCCACGGCACACUCAGGCUGGAGAUCCUUCCUCACUGCUCUCAAGAUGGCCCCAGCCAGACACCAGUGACCCAAGUGAAAGUCACACAACCCUCCCAGAAGUCUCCCAAAACUAGUGCUGACCAGAGGUGGGGCCCUCAGGCUGCGAGUUUCACACGCUAUGACAGGCUGCUGGGGGACAUUACAGGACCCCCCUUUCUCCUCCUCUCCCAUGCUAGAAGCCAGUCCUAGGCUGCUGCAGUUACUCGCUGUGACUCAGCAGGAGACUCAUUCAACACAGCUGCCCACAGGAAGCCAGUGGCUAAUAUAUCUGUUUGCCUUUCCCUACGACCCAGACACAAGUCGCUUUCCCAGAUCAAACCCCAGGCCGAUGCAUCUCCAAUUUCUGACAGUCAUAUCACUACUUCCAUUUCCGCUUUAGACCAGCCAAAGUGGUGACUGCUGCAGUGGGUGGCUGUCCCUACAAGGCCCACCCAAGGGAUGCCCAAAGCCCAAGCCUCCUAGGACUGCAGCCCAGAGCAACCCCACCAGCCUUUAGUCCAGCAGAGGACCUCCCACCCAAUACAUUGUUCUAAUUAGAAGGGGAAGUUAGCCAUAGGAAGUCAACUUAUCUAUAAUUACAAAAUUCUCUUAACUCACUCUAAAAUUUCUAUUGCUAUCUAUUGCUUUUUAACCCUAUUUGAAAACUCUGAUAGUAAAACAAAUGACAUAUGACAAGAAAGUUUGGGAGCCCCAUGCUGAGAACCAUUUCUGUGCAGUGAGGAUGUUUCCAGAAGCUACUUACCUACAUGUGAAUGUGCCAUUUUCUUUCUUUCGUAAAGAAAAUCCCCUCUUUACUUUUCGGAAGUGUGAUGGCAGCUUCUAGUGCGGCCAUUAGUUUCAUGUGAGAAAAACUAAGAAUAACUAUAAAAUUAUUAAAAUAUCCAGUAAUAGAUCAUGAUAGCCAGAAGAUUUAAUACAAAAAGUCAUUCUCCAUUUAAAGCUAUUUGGCUUUUCUAGGUUGAAUGCCCUGUAACCCACCCUGACCUUCCACAUCAUCUUCAAAAAGGUUCUCUGUUCCCCAUGAUUCUCCUAUACACUCAUUAGUCCUCCAUUUAAUGCAAUUUAAAUGCUCCAAAGAAUAAGUAUCAUGUGAUUAUUUUAGUUUUGCAAAAAUGUCGAAUGGCGUUUUACUUUCAUGGCCUAUAAGCAGGCAGCUUAGUUGGGCAGUGAUAGGAAAAACAAAUUAGACCAAAAAAGUCCUCUACAAAUCCAAGGCAGGAAAAAUGGUGGCAGAGUGAAUCACUCUCCUGUCCCUCCCAUCAGGUCACAUCGGGAGGCUACAGUGAAUGCCCGAUUCUUUUAAUGUGUGGCUACUGUUCCUGUAACUCUUCAAAACUUGGCUACAGGCUAUUUAGCACAGUGCAGAUUAAAGAUACAGCUGCGUAAGCCAGCACAGGAAUUCUAUAGUGCUUCGUCCAUGUAUCAUGCUUUGGUUUGCUCGUUUUUCCACAUACCUUUUUAUGUUACAGUCUGUUGCUUUUGUACACAUUUCUCAUAUUGGGGUUUGACAGGUCAACACAACCUGCUAUUUCAGUAGAAAAAAGUUAUUGUUAUGAAUAUUAAACCCAAUAAAUAGUAUACAGGUAAAUGUCAA